UUGCAAUGACUUGUGGGACUCUUGUAGGCUGGGUUGUGUAUUCCUUUGAACAGACUCGAGUCCUCCACUGAGACCAUACUGAGGUCGAGAUGCUCAACAUAGGGGCUGUGCUGCUGUUACUAAUCGGGAUGACUGAUGGUUUGAAGACCUUCUGCAACGCCACAAAGUCCUCAAGAACCCCGUGCUUCGGCUCCCCGGGAGGAACCCUGGAGGUCCAGCUGGAUAUGACCUCAAGUGGGAUUCUUUAUGAAUUGAAGCGAAACAAUGUUCCGAUUUAUCUUUUCGACCACGAGAUAAUAAACACGAAUCUUCGAUUUUCAAUGAAUUACAGUACUAGAAUAUUAACUAUGAAGGACCUCCACAGCUCGGACAAUGGUUUAUACUCAAUGGGUGAUUUAGUUUGCCUUGGAUUUAAAACAGAUUAUUUUUAUUUAUCCAUUGAAGCCCCGGUCUCCUCUCCCCUCCUGUCCCGGGAGUGUCUGUCCCGGGGACAGCAGCGGGUGUCCUGCGCUGCAGAGGGGGACGGACCCCACUACAGCUGGAGUCUAGACGGACUCCCGCUGAACGCCACACGUCUCCUCUCUGGACCCAGUAACGCUAGUGACAUCACUCUGGAGCCGGGCCUGUCGGGGCUGAUCACCUGCUCGGUCCGCAACAACGUGAGCGCCGCGGCGGCUACAUUCACCCUGUCUUUGUGUGACGACCCCAUCCCUAUCAUCGCCCGUUUUCUGACGGUGGUGGGGCUGCUGCUAGUAGCAUUGGCAGUCUACUGGGCCCUGAAGAAAAAGAAAACUUCAAGACCUCAAGACAUCCCGCUGUCCUCCAUGGCAGGAGAUGAUGACGGACUGUACGUUAAUAUCUCGAGGGCGACCGGGGGAGCAGGGGGGGAUUGAGGAGGAGUACGGCCACUCCAGGCUCCAGGCCUCAGAGUGAGGAGGAGUACGGGACGGUCCAGGCUCCAGGCCUCAGAGUGAGGAGGAGUACGGGACGGUCCAGGCUCCAGGCCUCAGAGGGAGGAGGAGUACGGGACGGUCCAGGCUCCAGGCCUCAGAGUGAGGAGGAGUACGGGACGGUCCAGGCUCCAGGCCUCAGAGUGAGGAGGAGUACGGGACGGUCCAGGCUCCAGGCCUCAGAGUGAGGAGGAGUACGGGACGGUCCCGGCCGCUCUAGGCACGAUAAAAUCCUUAUCGACCCGACAGCGAUAUAUACGUUUCUCUUUCUUCUGUCAAAUGUACUUACUGUAAGUCGCUUUGGAUAAAUGCAUCUGAUAAAUGUUAAUGUGAUUGUUUCAAUUAAUCAAUUAAUUAAAAAUAUGUAUGUUUGCUUUUGCUUUCUGCUAGAUCUUAAAUACAUUGCACUUUCUACAAUGCAAUUUUAAUUCUGCCUGUUUUCUUUUCCUCAUCUUUUUUCUUUUUGAGUUUUAGAACAGUUUUAGGGAGAAAUAUGCAUUUCAUUUCCAUUAUCUUCGUUCAGUGAUUGAACAUGUUUAAUUUGUUGGUUAGUACGAAUGACCUUUCAGGUCUCCCCCCGAAAUGUGUUGCAAUACAAAGUUUUGUGUUGAAACCACG